AUGAGUGCAAAACUGAAGCAGCUGUUAAAGAGGUCAGCAGUGCUGCUGGAGCCUCAAGAUCGAGAGAGUCUUCCAAUUGUUGGAAAAGAUGCUGAACAGUUAUUGAAACACUUUGCUGCUCAAAGUGAAAAGAUACAGGCUUCAAAAGAACAACAGGCUAAAGCACACUAUUUUCUUGCAAGUAAUGGAAUCAACAUACAAAGCGACAUUAGACCAACAGACAUUAAAUAUGCAUUUGACACUAUACAAAUGGACAGUCAUACAGAUAUUGAGAAAUUCCUUACUGAAGAACAUGAAAGAAUAUUGAUUGAUGUUAUUGAAGAACAAAGGCGUCAGGACGAUGAGGACUUUAAACAGUUUUACAGUACUCAGCUUGACUUAUUUACAAAACACAUGGAAGAAGAACAAAAGGAUGCAGAAGAAAGCAAGAUAGAGAUUAAUGAAUUAUCAAAGAAUAUCAAUAGAGUGAACCAAUAUGCCUUCAUCAUCAAGACCCUUAAUGAUUGUAGAAUUAAUAAUGAUGACUUUAAUUUAGUAGAACAACUGUCAACAGUUCAAAACACAUCCGAUUUGACAAGAUUUCAAGCAAGCGUCAGCCAGGCUUGGGAUAUAUUAAGUUACUUUAUGAAACAAACAGAUAAUGAAGGUCGGCGUGAAGGACGAUUUACUAGAAGCUAUCUUGUUCAACCAUAUCAAAGUUUCCCUGCUGUUGAAACUAGACGCAAGCUCAUUGAUGCAUCAAGAUCAUGGCUAGAAGAACAAUUCCUUCAGACGGUUAACGAACAAUUACAUGCUCAUGCAACAAAGCUAAAGAUUGGAGGAAACCCAUAUAUAACUCACCGUCUUGAGGCAUAUAUCAAUCUCAAUUACAAGACUGUGCUUGGAUGGAGAGAGAGCAGGUUAGAGAUCGUGCAUGGGCUGCCAAUUUGGUUGUUUAUCUAUUUAUUACUCCGUACUGGCCAUACUCAAGUAGCAGCUGAUUAUAUCAAGGAAAACAAAGACAUAUUUCGUUUUGAUAAAAAGUUUGUGGCCUAUUUUCAAGAAUACAUAGAAUCACCUCAGCAUUGUGUAUCCAAAGAAACUCAUGAUGAAAUUUUGGCAGAACACUAUCGUCUUGAAUAUGGUGAGGGAAAGGCUGACCCCUAUAAAUCUCUUCUCUAUAAAAUCAUUGGUCGUUGUGAACUAAACAAAAAGAGCACUGCGAUCAUAAAGAGCCAGGACGACUACCUUUGGUUACAGCUUAUGCUAGUCAGAGAAGUGACUGAUACCGAAAAUUAUGCUUAUCAACGCUACAGACUGCAAGACUUGCAAAACCAUACGCCUAUCAUGGCCGAAACUCAAAAGGAUGACGUCUGGGCUCAGUUCAAGCUGUUACUGUUGACGCUUCAAUUCGAAAAGGCAAUUGAUUUUAUCCAUACAGGAAACAAACUCUGGCUAGAAGCAACACAUUUUGCUACUGCGUUAGCUUACCAUGGUCUACUCAGAGUUCCUUCUGCAAGUCAAGCAAAGACUGAAAGAAAUAUGCUUAUCAUAGAUCAAAAUGGAUUGACCUUGUUUAAUUUCCCAAGGCUUAUUUACCAAUACGUCCAAAUCCAUCUCCCAACUCGACCGAUAGAAACACUUCAAUACCUUUACCUCUUGUCACUUUAUUCAACAAAACAGGGUUAUCACAAUGACGAGAUGAUCUCGCUUGCGAAAUCAUAUCUAUGUAAAGUAACUGUAAAGAGUCAAAAUCAUAAAGAAUUCAUAGAUAUCAUUUACGGACAAAGAGAGCCUUCUAUCCUUCAAAGUCAAAAGGUUCUUUUAGAUAUCAAUUCAGAUCAAGAGUACGCACAACAGAUACUGUAUCCUGUCGCUGACCUGUUACUUCAGUCUGGUCACUGUAGAGAGGCGAUUGACGUGUGCAAAUUAUCUAUUGACUACAACAAACUAUUUGAUGUGUUGGCAAAGGAAUUAGGCGAUGUACUUCAGCAAUCGAAGCUCUCAAGGCUAUCUGAUACAACAGCCAGUAAUAAAGACAUACUUCAGUUUGCAACACAAACGGUGCAAGAAUGUCAGCAACAACAGCAUCUGAAGGCACUACCAAACACAGAUAAGGUAUUCACUGUGCAUCUAUUGAUGCAACUUGUCCGCUUCCGCAUGCUUUACGAACAAGGCGAAUUCUUUCCUGCUAUCAGCAUUAUCCGAGAGACACAACUGAUUCCAUUUGAUGAACAAUUGGGACAUGUUCAACUGGCUGCUGAACAGUUUGAGCAUUUACAUGAAACCAUCAAGAAGAACAUACCUGAAAUAUUACUAAACGUUAUGGACAUUUUAUACAAGCUUUGGGAAACAUAUUCAUCUGCUUCGUUGAAUGUAGCUAUAUCUAAUAAUACUAUAGAAGAUGUUGAAAAACAAGCUCGUGCUGUUUUAACUUUUGUAGGUAUAAUUCAGUUUAAUAUACCAGCAGAAAUUCUCGUAAAAUUAAACAAAAUUGAUAUGCUUAUGGCACAGAGAAGAAGAUUAUAG